GCAGGUUCUUGCAGGGCCUUUCAGGGACUGAAACCAGGCAUCCUGCCCCUCCUUCUCCCUGGAGCCGCCCUGUGCCCUCGGGCAUCAUGUCAGGGUGGGGCAAUGGCACCUACAAUGAGUCCUACACCAGCUUCCUCCUAGUGGGCUUCCCAGGGAUACAAGAAGCCAGAGCCCUCCUAGUGCUGCCCUUCCUCAGCCUCUACGUGGUGAUCCUCUUCACCAAUGCCCUGGUCAUCCACACCGUGGCAUCCCAGCAGAUCCUGCACCAGCCCAUGUACCUGCUCAUCGCCCUGCUGCUGGCCGUCAAUGUCUGCACUGCCACCACCGUGCUGCCCGCCAUGCUGUUCAGCUUCUCCACACGCUUCAACCGCAUCUCCCUUCCUCGGUGCCUGGGACAGAUGUUCUGCAUCUACUUUCUGGUUUCUAUGGACUGCAACAUCCUCCUGAUCAUGGCCCUGGAUCGCUAUGUGGCUAUCUGCUAUCUUCUCCGCUACCCAGAGAUAGUGACAAGACAGUUGCUGGCUGGCCUGGUGGGGUUGGCAGUCACCAGGAACACACGCAUCGUUGCUCCCGUGGUGGUGCUGGCCUCCCGAGUGCGCUUCUGCCGCUCAGAUGUGAUCCAUCACUUUGCCUGUGAGCACAUGGCCCUGAUGAAGCUCUCCUGUGGGGACAUCUCCCUGAAUAAGACUGUGGGACUCAUCAUACGCACCAUUAACAGAGUCCUGGAUAUGCUUCUGCUAGGAGCCUCCUAUUCCCACAUCAUCCACGCUGUCUUCAAGAUCUCAUCGGGUGGAGCACGGGCUAAGGCCCUGAACACCUGUGGCUCCCACCUGCUCGUCAUCUUCACUGUCUACUCUUCUACCAUGUCCUCAUCCAUCGUCUACUGCGUGGCCCGUGCUGCCUCCCAAGACACACACAACCUGCUCAGUGCUUUCUACCUGUUUCUCCCAUGUCUGGUCAACCCCAUCAUCUAUGGGGCCAGAACCAAGGAAAUCAGGCAGCACCUGGUGAGGUCAUUCCUGAGUACAGGCCCAUGAGUCUCUUCUGAUAAAUCGCUGUUCACUUUUCAGUGAUCCCGGGCAAGACUGAGGAAGCGGAUACACGGGGACCAACUUGCUACCAUAAUGCUCCCUCUCUUUACUCUGUUUUGUUUCAAUUCAGUUAGUGUACAGAACAAGGUUGCAUCAAGGCAUUCUUAUAACGUGUCAGAGUGCUCUGUUCCCACUCGUCCCCUUUACCCACGGUCCCUCUUUGUGCUCCUUACACCCCACCACCAUCACUGGUUCCCUCCCACCUUCAGAUCCCAUGUGUCCCAUUAUCCCUCUCCAAACUUUCCUCACCUAGCACAGAAACGGGAGAGAGGGGAGUACGCCAGCAGCUCGCU